CGAAAUUUCGCGUUGUCGUUCAGUCGGCGGAGAUUCCUAACGAACGGUGAAGUGUAUCCGUUAACUUCUUUUUCUUAAAAAGAAACUUUUUAUUUGUCUCUUGUAUCUUCUUAUCGUCGUGUUGUCAUUGUUACACGAUUUUCUUUAUUCUUUUGUCUCUUGUUUUUGGCUUCUUCUUUAGAUAAAUAAGAUGGAGAAGAAAAACGUCUGCAUCAUUGGCUCUGGAAAUUGGGGAUCGGCUAUUGCUAAGAUAGUUGGCGCCAAUGCCAAAAGGCAAAAUAAUUUUGAGGACCGCGUUACUAUGUACGUGUACGAAGAAUUAAUAAAUGGAAAAAAAUUGACUGAAAUAAUUAACGAAACGCACGAGAAUGUAAAAUACCUUCCUGGUCAUCAAAUUCCAGAGAAUGUGGUUGCAGUUCCUGAUGUUGUGGAAGCUGCGAAAGAUGCUGAUAUUCUUAUUUUUGUGGUGCCACAUCAAUUUAUUCGAAGAAUAUGUAGUACACUUUAUGGAAAAAUCAAACCUACAGCUGUUGGUCUCUCCCUCAUAAAAGGUUUCGAUAAAAAAGAGGGUGGUGGUAUAGAAUUAAUCUCACAUAUCAUUUCUAAUGAAUUACACAUUCCUAUGUCUGUAUUAAUGGGAGCAAACUUGGCAUCUGAGGUAGCAGAAGAAAUGUUCUGUGAAACCACCAUAGGAUGUAAGGAUAAAAUAAUGGCUCCAAUAUUUCGAGAUCUGAUUCAAACAUCAUAUUUCAGAGUUGUUGUAGUUGAAGAUGUUGAUUCAGUUGAAUGCUGUGGAGCAUUAAAGAAUAUUGUGGCUUGCGGCGCUGGUUUCGUCGAUGGAUUAGACUUAGGUGAUAACACAAAAGCUGCGGUUAUUCGACUGGGAUUAAUGGAAAUGAUUAAAUUUGUGGAUGUUGUUUACCCUGGUGGUAAACUAUCAACAUUCUUUGAAAGUUGUGGUGUAGCUGAUCUUAUUACAACAUGUUACGGUGGAAGGAACCGUAAAGUAUCAGAAGCUUUUGUAAGAACUGGAAAGACUAUUGAGGAAUUAGAGAAAGAAAUGCUUCAUGGACAAAAAUUGCAAGGACCGUUUACAGCAGAAGAAGUAAAUUAUAUGUUAAAGUCGAAAAAUAUGGAAAGUAGAUUUCCUCUCUUCACGGCAAUCCAUCGUAUUUGCAUCGGACAGCUAAAACCUGCGGAUCUAAUUGAUUGUAUUCGCAAUCAUCCGGAACACAUGAACGAUGAUGAUGAUGACCUCAACGCUAAGAUGGGACAGUUAAAGUCACCAAGGAGUCACCUCUAAUGAAUGUACCGGAAAAACAGCAUUGGGAGAUCUUAACUUUUUAAUACGAUCUUUGAGAUAAGACUUUGCUUAUAUAAAGUACUUUUUAUAUAUUAAUAUUGAAGCAACAAACAAAAGAAAAAGAAAAGAAUUUUAAGUCAAAUUAGGAAGGAAGUCGCGCGCGUAACAUUAGGG